AUGCACUCUUUAAACGCAAGCAUCAAUCCUUCAUGUGGUUUAUGCCAACAUCCAAUGGAGACGCCAAGCCACUUGUUAUUCCAGAAGAAACUCAUACAACUCCUUCAAGAACUCGACAAAAGUGUCCAUGAUGGAUAUUGGGUCCUCGAUGUCAUCGCGGGUCUUCUCAUACUCCACAUUGCAUUCCGCACGGUCACGGUCAUUGUUUUCCACAUGAGUGAAAGACCGACAGUCAUGGUUCCUUCGAGCUUCCUGUACCAGCCCGGGUUUUGCCACUUGGCCUUGUCGAUUGUUCCAGCUUUGUUUCAAGUUCACCUAUAA